GCUUGGUGCAGAUCGUUGUUCUAUUCUGAGGUUAUCCGGGCCCCUGAAAAAGCAAUAUGCACAGGAACAUGGGCUGGAUUUUGAGCGGCUUCUUGAUGCUUCAGACUACAAGGAAAAGUAUAGAGCCGACAUGAUUCGUUGGGGGGAGGAAAAAAGAAAUAAAGACGCUGGCUUUUUUUGCAGACUUGCCACAAGAGGUGAAGGUUCUGAAAGAGAAGUUUGGAUCAUAAGCGAUGCCCGAAGAGUGUCUGACAUUGACUAUUUCAAAACCAAUUACAGUAAAGAAACAGUGACUCUACGUGUUCAGGCUGACAUGAAAGUGAGAGAGAACCGAGGAUUUGUAUUUACACCAGGUGUGGAUGACGCGGAGUCUGAGUGUGGACUUGACCAAGGUGUUGACUGGGACUUUGUUGUCACUAACAACGGGGACCAGCAGCAACUGGAGGCAGAUCUCACCGCUCUUCUAGACCGUGUACAACUAUGACAGCUGCUUUACCAUACCUUAUUCCCACCCCAUUCCCAAGAAUGUUUGUGAGAACAGUGUGCAUAUAAAGAAAAAUUCAGGUGUGGUUUGGGAAAAAGAGAAGACUUUUUAAUGUCUUUCAGUGAUUUUUACACAGAGUAUUGUUUAUUGUUUGUAAAGUCAAAUACAAUUGUUUGUUGAUAGAGUGUAUUUGUAAUGUGCUUUCAGUACAGACUCAUGUAACUGUAGCAAAGAGAUGUAAAUUGAAAGUAGGAAUAAAAGGUAGAAAAAAAUUGUUACCUUUCAGUUUUCCUACUUUGUGGAAAGAACUUUUUGUUCAACAUAGGUCUUUUGUACAAGUGAGACGAGAUCUAGAUUUGAUUUCCAUUUCAGCAUGUUUAUGUGAUCCAUGUAGUAGAAAUUAAGCCUGGUGAAUUUUAUGUUCUUAUGUAAUCUAGUCUAAUGAUGAACAAUUUGAAACAUGUUCUUGGCUAUUUGUUGGUUUCCUUUACCGCCCCUCAAAAGUACCGCCCUUUACUGCUCCUCAAAAGUACCACAAGAGGCUACGCAUCUCCUGCAGAUGUAUCGUGAUGAGUCAGAUGUCGAAAAUUAUAGGUAUGAUGCUUGUCAAAGAAGUAUAAAUCUGUGUCUUGGAAUAGAAAUAUAAAAAGAUUACAGGAUUCAUAAUUAAAGACCAUAAAAAUUUUUCCCAGAACUACGCGCAUUCCUUGUUUUUUUGCACUGUAAUUGUAAUUUUCAGUCAUUUUCGUUUUUGAAGAAAAUGUAGUCAACUGAUGUGGUGCCAUGAAUGAUUGAGUCGGAUGAUACUGUGAGAUCACUGCAUCAGGUUGUCAGCUACUUCAGAAACUUGAGAUUCAAAGAUUUGGCGCGAAUAUUUUAUCCUCGGAAAGAAAAACUCCAUAGCAAUCCCACCUGCCUGUCAUAUUUGCAAAUAUAGCCUGCAGAUAAUUUUUUUUCUAACUUGUGAAAACAAAACUUGAAGUUUUCUCUGAAGGAAAGGUUUGGUAGUUUUCUUAGCCACCAAUUAUAAAUGAAUGAGCUUUAGUGCUUCAUUUUUCAGUUUCUUUUCCAAAAUUGUGUUAAGUUCCAUGUUAGCAGGGUGAUCGCAUGUAUGACAAGUUUAAUUUGUUGCUAUUGGGAAACAGAAAUGAAAAGAGGCAAAUUAUUUGUACCUGUGAAGAACCUUGAAAGUGUAAGACACCAAAAUUGUCUUUAUCAAUGUUUCAGGACUGAUUUGUGUGGCGUGCUGACAAAACGAGUUACUUCUCGCGAUUCGUGAAUGGAGAUAUCGUCAGAAAAUUGACAUAGUAUCAAAUUUGUAGACUUUCAAAUGAUGUCAUUUUCUUGAAAUUUAACGUAUUAAACAUGUCUUUUAUCAUUCAAAACUAACAAAUUGUACAAACUCAACCUGUACAUUAUCGGAUCUUUGUCCAAAUAGCUAAAAUCCAAGAAAUUUUUCAUUUUUGUCAGCUUGCCUCACGUUUAAUUGAAAAAGAAGAGCACGACUUGACUAAAGUAAUUUCAUAAAUUGAUUGUUUUAUAUAUAAUGUAUUUGCAAUAUGGUGAUCAUUGACAAAACUCUGUUUAGUGAGUGAUAUUCACUUUUUCAUUUUAAAAAAUCCACAAUCGAGCAGGGGUAUCUCAAACAUAUUUUUCGAGCUGUCCAAAUAUUCAAAUUUUGCGUGUUCGAGUUAUCUGUGCUCAAUUGUAUUUCAUUCUUGGAAAGUUCUGUUGUUUUCUGGCAUGGUUUCACUGCCUUUUUCACAAAGUAAUGUUGUUGUUUUUUUCACCUGUGUUUCUUUAAAGAUGUCAUAUUUAAAUGUUCAUGGUUUUUUUACUACUUCUUAACACUGCCAUUUUUGCCAGAUGCCUUUUAUAUAUGGUUUGUUUAUUUCAGUUAACUUUGGAAAUAUCUGCAACAGUCCUUUUCUUAUUUUGUGUAAAGGAACUUGGUAGGAGUUAUCGCAGACCCAGAAAACAAUCCAAACGUAAUACAAUAAUUAUUCUGAUGUUGCUUUCUUUUUUUUUUUUUUUCUUCUUCUUCUCGACCCCUACUAGAACUCAGGGAGUAACUGACUGUGAGAUUUUCAUCUUACAAUGCAGUUGAUUUUACGUGCUGGGCUGUUUUAUCUAUAUAUAUAGCAUGUAGGAUCAUCCCUUGGCUACCAUCCAGCCAUGUGCUGUUUUCAAAAGCACUCUACAUAUUUAUGUUGACUAGAGUGGUUUCAGUUUUGGGUUUUGAUAUAGAAUUUUGCCCACACGACAACCAGAAGGGCCAACUCUUUUCAAUUUUAUAACUGCCAAAGGAUUUUUAAGGGUGCGAAACUUCCGCACGGGGCCUCUGAAAUGUUUCGUUCUUACCCAAAAAGACUAGAGCAGGCUUGACCAAACCUGCCUGGGAUCAGAGGGUGUAGAAAAUAUUAGAAAAGCAUCUUGAUGCUGGCAGAGAUCAAACUAGGGACCUCCUGGUCUACAGGCAAACACCAUGCAUAUUGAGCCAGUUAGUGGCCCAUGUUGGUUGAAAAUGUCCAUUUUCUUCUGUUAAAUGACCUACUUGUUAUUGUUACAAAAUGUAUGAUUAUAUGAGAGGUGCUGAUUUCCGGAUAAAUCUGGAAAUCCUGAAACUGUCUGCAUUUGUACUCCUGUUUAUAGUACAAUUACAUGUAAAUUUAUAUUUUAAUCUCUUUGUGCAUGUUGUAUUGCACAAUAUAUUAAAAUAGUGUCUCAAUACUAAAUGCAUAAGACAUUAUUGUCCAUAGAUUUUGAGUCCCCUGUCUUCUUAUGUUUCUCUUGGGUCAGAAAAGUUCCAGAUUUUCUUCAUAGCCAAUUGGCACCUCUGAUUUGUUAUUAAGAAAGCCUUUUAAAGAGAUGAAUGAGAAAGGUGGAGUCUGUAUGUGAAGAAGAAAAUGAAUUGAAAUGGGGGUAAUGCACAUAAAUAAUCCUGAGUCACAAGGGUAUCAUAAUCAACAAAAGUCGUAAAAUCAAAGACGGUGCCUUUUAAAUAUUUUUAGGAAAGAUCAUUGCUGGAGGUCUAUUACCGUUCAGCUAGAACUUUGGUCUUCUUCUGUAUAUUCGUGCACUGGUGCUUGUUAUCUUUUAGAUUGUCAGCCAAAAGUAUUUAGUAAAGCAAGCGCUUCAUUUCAAAAUGACCAAAUUUCAUUAUAGGCUUCCUGUGUGAGUAUUAGAUUUCACAGUGGAGCAUGUCAUGUUCAAGUUAAGGUAUCCAUAAUAAAUGUUUUAAGUUUAAAAUUGAACUCUUAUCCUUGAGUUCCUUGCAACACUGUGAAAGCCCACCAGACAGUAUAGUAUACCCAUUUUGUUUUUGGACAGAUUUUUUUCUACAAACAGAUCAUCUCAAGAAAUGACGAAAUGUUGAUCUCUUUCAAUGUCAUUCUUACAACUGGUGUGAAUCUGUUCAAGAAAGCUCGUUUGUUUUAAACAGCUGACAAUUGUGUUAUUUUAAAGAUGCAUUAAAUCGGAAAAAACCC